AAGAAAUGAAGUUCUCCUGUGCACACGGCGACAAGUCAAGACGUGUCCUGCGAUCCAAUGCAGCCGGCCGGGAAGUGCGCACACAUCGACAGGUCAGGAUAUCAUUUCCUCCGAUUCAAUGUAGCUGCUCUCUAGGCAGCAUGUUGCACAUGGUGAUCAGGUACUGGUUGGCUCUGCACGCAGCGCAGGUCGUUCUCACCACCAGUUGUGCUGAAGUGGAUGAGCUGAACUUUACUGUCAUGCGGGAUGCCGUGGCGAGAGAUGUGGAUUUGGCUUUGGUCAGGGAGAUCAAGGCUCCAACAGGUCUGAUGUCAAGCUCUGUGUUCCAAACACCAACGGACUUAAUCAAGGAGCCUUGGCUGGAGAACAUACUUGACCCUGAGGUCAUAUCUAAUGCAUUGGAGGUUGAAAACAGAUCUGCACGCUCCCCCAGAAGAUGUAUCCGACAUCUGGAGUCCUGCUUUGAUUACUCGAUGCCCUGCUGUGACCCAUGCGCCACUUGUUACUGCAGGUUUUUUAAAGCAAUUUGUUAUUGCCGGAAAAUUGGCAACAUCUGCCACCGCGGUAAGAACUAGUCCAGUGUGAUCCUGGAGAUCGGAAUAUUGCGCACACUGGGAAAUGGAAAGAAAUGGAACGGUCACGGACAAAAUGUUAACCUUUUUUUUUCUCUUUUGGAUGCUUUCCGACCCGACAUU